AUGUCCACCUGUGAACCAGUAUCAUUAAGAGAAAUGAAUCAGCUUAUGUUGAAUUUGCCCGACCUCCAACAUCUUGAACUAGUUACAAAAGGACUUCUGGAUAUGACUGACGGACAAUCAUGGGAAGAAAUGGCUCAUUCACUGCUAACAUUCAACUUCAAAAUUUCUGUAUGUAUGGAUUGGAUCGAAGAUAUUGUCGAAUCCUUUCGUACACCAUUUUGGCUUGAAGAAAAACGAUGGUUUGUAGCUUGUACAUGGGAUGGUUUGUAUUCGGUGCCAUAUUUUUCUGAUGUUUGUACUAAUACAUCUUUUCGACCGCCUCUAUAUUCAUCAGUAACUGACAAAGCACUUUUCUGUGAUCAUAUUAAUCAUUUUAUUCUUAAUGAAUCACCAAAGCAAAUCAGAUAUUACUUUCGUCAUAUGAAGAAGUUAGAAAUUGCAAGUUCUGAAUCACUGGAAAUGUUAUCAGUAUUCAUCGAUAUGAAUUCGAUAGAAUGUUUGGUAGUAUCUACUUUGAUUGAACUUUCAAAAAUUCUAUGGAUGUUUCAACUUAUGCCCCGUCUAAAGACGCUAUCAAUUAACACUCAAGUUUCAUAUUUUCUUCAAGAAUCUCAUAAAAUACGUUUGGAAUGUAUUGAAAAUCUUGAAAUCAAUGAUCCACUGCUCAAUAAUGAUUAUUAUGUUGUCGAGCAAUUAUGCCAGACUUUUCCUUGUGUAGAAACUUUGUGUAUAUCAUCGCUCAAAUGGGCAGAAUUAAUACCCCGUGUCAUUGAACGACUGAAGAACCUGUCAAACGUUACAAUCUAUUUCGAGAAAUUGGCUUCGCCCCAACAGCCGAAUCAACUACAAGAAAUCGGCACACGAUAUAUACAAACAAUUGCUGAUGAAGCGCGACAUCUAAAACAUGCAACGUACUCGGACCGACACUACUGGAGUUCAGAUGAGAAUCAAACUUCGUGGUUUUGUUAUCAUUGUUGGAUACAAAGAAAAGUACCAGAGGCAUUCUACCAAAAGCAUUGGCCACUCCAAAGAGGAUAUAACUACUACCGAAUAGAUCACUUUUUACAACGUAACUUUUUUCUAAAAUUAUUACGGCCAUUUGUCUUCCAGCCAUCACUGGAAUUCUCAGUAUGUUAUGCGAUGUUAAGCCCAUUUGGCCGAUGGUACGCUCCAUUGAUUCAAUUCGUGGUUUUAGUUCUGUGUAGCCUAAUCCCUGGUUCUUACAUUGAUCUAUUUUCAAUAAAUGUAGCGCAGCUAUUAGGAAUGUACCUCGGCGGAUUGGUCGAUUACACCGACAGGUUAAAGCUUGUAGAAAUUUCGGACGCGGAAUAUUUUCAUUUUGAAAAAUCACGCGUAACAGAAUUGCUCUAUGAUUCACCACCAGUCACAAGAACCUUGCCUGAAGUAAGCUUGGUUGUAGUAUUAAGAGAACGUGUUGCUGCUAGCGUCGCUGAAGGAGUUCAUUGUCCCGUCAGUGGAUCGUAUAUUUCCGAAUUAUCUAAAUUACCCGUAUAUCAGUAG